AUGAGCUCCGCUGCAAAUCCUUCUCUUCCCACUUCGAUACAACCUUUUCGUUUGCCGCAAGCUUCGCUGGAGAGGCGGGAUCCGCACAGCGAAAGCACCGGCAGCGUGUCGGUGAACUCGCCCGAGAAAAAAAAGAAAAAAAGAAGAAAGAUGUCCACAUCUGAAGCUGGCCCUUCGCAAAGUAAACAAGGAGAAGCCAGGUGGCCUCCAGAGAAUGAGGCUCGGUUCAUAUCGUUGAUGUUGGACCAAGUUAUCCUGGGGAAGUGCAUCGGGCAGAAGUUCAAACAAUGCAAUUGGAUGGAGAUCCAAGAAAAACUGAACGAUAUAUGUGGUCCUGAGUAUUAUUACGAGAUAACACAAAUGACGAGUAAACAUGAUCGAUUAAAGCAGCAUUGGCGUCGGUUCUACAAUAUGCUUAAUAAAGAUACGGGAUUCGGAUGGGAAUCUUCCACUGGGAAGAUCACAGGCGGUGACGAACUUUGGGCCCAGUGGAUCACGGUUAGUGUACUUGUUCCAUUUAUUUUCCCAGUUUUUAAGGUUAAGUGUGCUUUAUGA